CGUCCCCGUGGUGUCCGAGUCCUACCGGCUGCGAUGUGUUACGCGCCCCUGCUUCAGAAAAAACAGAGAAGGAAAACUUCAUAGAAAUGGCGGAGGGUGCUACGACUCUCAAAGGCUUGCGAGCCCAAAUGGCUGCAGCUGCACAGGCACAGGCCGAGGAACGGCGUAGCCUGGCAGGGAAUAGUCCAGGACCUACAACCAACACAUCAGCUAAACCUCAGGGGUGUAAGCCAGUCAUUGACGGGGCCGCACUUAGAAUAGACGACCGUCUGCGAGUGGCAAAAGAGAGGCGAGAAGAGGCAGACAAACAACAGGCUUUGCGAGAGUCUCAGAUUAUGGAACGGGAGCGCAAGGCCAAGCUGCAAGUGGAGCGUCAGAUGGAGGAGCGUCAGAAAAAGGUUGAGGAACAGCGAAAAAAGGAGGAGCAGAAACGACUGGCUGUGGAGGAGAAGAGGAAGCAGAAACAGGAAGAGGAAAAGGAGCACUACGAGGCAGUAAUGCGGCGGACAUUGGAGCGCAGUCAGCGUGUAGAGCAGAGGCAAAAACGAUGGUCCUGGGGAGGACUGUCCACAGACUCAGAUGGACGAACAGGAGACUCUGAUGCCAGCGCCUCAUCUCCAGUAACAAUAGUUAUCUCCCCUGCCUCACCAGAAAAGCCACCAAGGAGUCGACAAGUGGACAAGCGCUCCACAUCCACUAUGAACCUGAAACAGCCGUCUGAGGCUGGCAUCAGCAAACGCCUAUCCUCCUCCUCUGCCACCCUCAUCAAAUCUCCUGACAAAAGGGUUAAGCCGAGGAGUUCGUCUUGUAACCGGUUGCCUAGCAGUGACAAUGCUGCUCAGGCCAGUAAGGAAGACGGCAAAAAGCUUCAGGUGGAACAGACAGGCCGUUCCAUGAAGACAAGAAGUUCCUCCCUCACACGAGUAAGUGUGGGCAGAGCACAGACCCCUGCCAAGCCUGAUAAGGGGACAACAGAUGAUCAAGCUCGCAGGCCACCGGUCAGCACAGUGGAUGGAGGGGUCCUUAGUCGCCUGCUCACUCCCACCCAGGCCUCACUAGCUAGGAGCAAGAGCGCCGCCGCCCUGUCAGCUGAAGGAACAGAUGCUCCAGAGUGUCACCUGUGUCCUCGCUCAGCCUCUGCCAGUCCCCUGCACCCACCGCGUGGACCCUUACGCAGCCGCAGCAUUGACCGGCAGAAGAGCGGCAUGACCACCUCUGUGUCGGCUGACGGAGCCCUCGACCCUUCAAUGAAGGACAAGCAGUCAGCAUCGCCUGGAGGGCAACGUCCCGCCUCCCCUUCUACUACCCUGGGACGUAACCGUUCACCAUCCCCAGCCCCCAAGCCGGCUCCGAAGAGGACCCCCUCCCCGGCAGCAGCCAAGCAAAAUUCAAAGACACGCCCACCCUCACCUGGUGCAAUGAAACAACGUCCCCCAUCCCCCCAGCCGACGUCAGCGAAGCCUCCACCAAUCCAGAAACCAGCUCUCACUCCAACUGGGCCCCCCACUUUGCGAAAGAGGGACUCUAAGUCCAAGGACCUGUGUCCUGUCCAGGCUGUCUCCCCACAGUCCUCUGACUCCAGCAAGACCAAAGACAAAGAUUCCUCGACGGGCACCAGCUCAGCUGCUGAGGCCGCCAAGAUCCUGGCGGAGAACCGCAGACUGAUGCGAGAGCAGAAAGAGAGAGAGGAGCAGCUCAAGUUACAGAGGGAGGAAGAGGAGAAGUUGAGAAAGGAAGAAGAGAAGCGUUUAGCAGAGGAGGCGCGACUGAAACGCCUGGAGGAGGAGAAGAAGCUUGCAGAGGAGAGGAAAAUAAAAGAAGAGGAAGAGGCCCGCCUAGCGGAGGAGGAGCGUGUGAGACUGGCAGAAGAGGAGGCCGUGAGACAGGCCGAGCUCCAGAAGGAACGGGAGGAGGCUGAGGCCAAGGCCCAGGAGGAGGCGGAGAGGGUCCGUCAGGAGCGAGACCGCAUCAUGCAGCAGAACCAGCAAGAACGGAUGGAGAGGAAGAAGAGAAUUGAGGAGAUAAUGAAGAGAACAAGAAAAGGGGACCAAAAUGACUUGAAGAGAGAUGCAGGUGAUGAUGAUAAGUGCUCACAGGAGAAUGAAGAGGAGGGAGUGGACCAGAUGAACUCUGAAACCCUGAGCCAGAUGGACGACAUGACCAUGGAGGCUGACGCAGAUUCAUGCGGUCUGUCCUCUGGCGAGCCUGUGGAACAGCGAAAGGAUCCCCUGGGCAGUGUGAAUGGAAAACCAGAGACAGAUGACAAGGAGAAUAACAAUGGCAUAAGCACAGAUGAAACUCAGGCAGUGAGUCCAGUCCCAAAGGGCCGCCUCGUCGAGGGCUCGGAGUUCCUGAAUGAGCAGGACUCUGCCAAGGUGGGUUUGGUCUCGAGUCUCAACGGUAAAUCCAACCAGUGGAGCUUUGAGGAACUCAUUGACCUCAACGUCCACGCCAAGACUCGGCCCCUCAUCGAGGCGGAGGACUGUAACCAGGUCUUGAUUAACUGUGACGGGAGCUCAGAUGGGACCAGGGUAGCCUUCGAGGACAAGGGAACCCCCGUCAACACCCUGCAUUCCUCUAAUCAGCCCAUAGAAGCCCUCUCAGAAAUCUGAUGCUGCAGCCGUCGCUGAGAAGCCUCUUACUGUUGCACUCAUAAAGUUCCUGUCCCGCUGAGCUCCUUUAAAAAAAAAAAAAAAGUCCUCAAUUAGUUCUGAACAGCUUCCUCCUCUUUCUCCUCCUCCUCUUCUUGAGGGAGGAGCACAAGGUAAAGUGGAAAGACCACCCAAGUGCUACAUUUGCACCCUAAAUGAUGUGGAAACAUAUAUUAAAAUUAUAUAUAUAUUAAAAAAUUAUUACUUUACACUUCAGGGAAAUUCCAUAUAUUCCUUCAAUGCGCUCACUUCAGGUCUCUUUCCUCUUCCUCUUGUGUUUAGUUCCUCUCCAUCAUUUUUUUUCUAUGUUAUGUUCAAUUUUGAUGAUGUUUUUUAAGAGUUUUGUCUUCGUCAGGGUUGCAUUGUUGUAAUUUAUUAAUUUUGGCUUCUUUGUUAUUGUAAUUAUUGUUAUCAUAAGUGUAGUCUUUUUUUCUCUUGUGUGAGAAUAUUCCAGGACACAUGCACAUGACGCUGUGUGAAUUAGACAUGAGGUUAAUAUCAUGACUUGAAGGAUGGUUAAUACAUUCUGUUGUGUUGGAGGUUGGGUGGGGACAGCAUACCAGGUUUUCGCAUGUGAUUCAUCUUAAGUUACUUGACCGGCUGCUUUUGGCAGCAUCCAGCAGAUAUGGCCUUACCAUUUUUUCCCAACGUUGAAUUUUUAAGUGUGAAUAUACUAAAACGCUUGUUCUGAGGCUCAUACACACACAGUUUAGCAAUCGUCCGUCAUGUGCUUAGACUUCAGAGUGGUUCCAGUGUUCAUACUUCACAGAUCUCUGUUCCUUCAGGCCCAAUAUCCAUGCAUAACACACACACACACACACACACACACACACACACACACACACACACUUGUCUCCCAGCUUCUCUCAACGUGUGUUUCCUUCUUUGGCCACUAGAGGGCCUCAGGAGCACAAUGCUGACGAGUUACACUUGAAGCUGAUGAGUGUUGAGGUUCAUGACAACACUGUAGUGAAUUCAUAUGUUGUUCAGUGAAGUUUCAGCAGUUUGUUGGUUUAGGGCUUAUGGUCCAUGUAUGUUUUGUUGUUUUUUACAUUUGUAUAUAGAAUUUGAGUUUACUAACAACAACGUCCUAAUUUCCAUGAGAAUCUCAUCCGGUUUUAGUCUCAUUAAGCGACGACUCAACCGACUGCAACCAUAACUAUAACUUACUAAGUUGGCACACAGGUGAAGUCCAUUACUUUCAUUCAUAGCUGCUUCUGAGCUUCUUAAGGCAGUUUGUGUUUGUUGCAGAGUUCACCUUUGCUGAAACUAAAAAAAAUGAUUUUUCAUUUAUCUGGUGUUAACUCGAGCUUAACCAGCACAUCCACGUGCACGUCUCCAUCCAUCCGUCUGUCGGUGCAGCUUUCAUUGGUUACAUUUGUUUCCCACUAACGUUCUCUGAGGAUUCCCAACACACUAGCUGCUACACCUGACAAAAUGCAUUUCAGCUAUUUUUUAUAAUAUAAAAUCUGGCUGUUUGUUUAUAUAUGAAAAUACAUUUCUACAUAUAUUUAAGUGUUAUUGUAUUGUGUAUAUAAUCAGUAUUAGGCAAAUGAAGCCAUGUUCAGGACGGGGUGGCGUCAGGAUGUGGAUAAUUGAAGUCUCUGUGUAUGUGACUGUGCUAUAUAAGUUUGGUUUCUGUCGGACUCGUGCCCUGUGACAUGGUAGUCAGGUUACAUUCGGGCAGCCUGGAAACCCAACAUUUGCAUAGAGUCCUCUUCCUCAAGAGCUCUGCAAAACAAGGGGCCAAGCGGGGACCCACUAUAUGUUUCUCAAAAUAUGAUGUGUGUAUUUGUGUGUAUGUUUGAGGGCUUUUAGCCUCUUAUCCCCAAGCCCUGAUUCUGAUUUACUGCCUCACAGAGACUUAACAGGAGGACAUUUUGGUGGCGAGCAGAGUUGUGACAUGUUUGACCCAUGAUGAGAGUCAUGGCUGUGCCUCUGUAUGAUGCUUUUAAUGACAUCAGAAUAUGUUUUAUAUUAUGUCAAAGGAUGUGGAGAUGUUGUUGGAUAGUUAUGGAAGGCAUAUCAGCUCAGGUCGCCGCUAUUCUACUUUGUAGUUUGAGGCACCAGGCAAAAUAUGACGUGGGUCAGCGUGUUUUCCAUAUUGUUUUCUGUCUCUUCUGGAUCUCUCGUGGGUUCUAUCAAAAUCUUGAAGUUCCCUAUGCUUGAAAAGUGCUAGCAUGACAUUUUGGGACCUUGAUUUUUGCCUUUUUCUCUGCUGGCUUUCAUACCCUCUUGCUAACUAAAAUCUCUUUGAACAUAAAGACUAGAAGCUUUAGAUGUCAGCUUUGAUCAAUAAGCUCAAAGAAUGUAAUAGACUCCAGAAACCGUCCUUCAUUAUUUACAGUGUCUCUCAGAGCUGCCCGCUUUUAGCUUUCAUCCAUUAUUCAUCUAGAAAACAUGAGACUGUCUGCACUGUCACAGAUUACUUGCUAUGUUUAAAGGAUGGUUACCGAGGAGUAGCUUUACUGUACAGACUUGUAGGAGAGUUGUGUGAAAAUCUGGAAGUCACAAUCAUUUGUCUGUGGUUUGUUCCUUCCCAGAUGUUUUAGAAGUCUCACUCAUAACCCAACACUUGCCUAAAACCCAAACUCCCCCCAAAACCUUUCCUCCUCCCCUCUCCGCUCAUGAGUAGCACCUGUUGGGGGGCUGUUGUAGCUGCUGCUUGAACAGAUACUGUAUCUAUUCCAGGUCCUGCUGCAUCUUUGAGGGCUCGAGUACAGAGCCGACUGCUCUUAGUCCUCAACGUUGUCUAUAAUAAUAGGAUAGAACGGUGCCUUAGAUUGAGAUUUAGUAUUUUUAUUGUAUCACAUUUAAGUAAGAAAGCUCGUCCUUACCUCGGCCUCGACAAUCAGUCUACCCAACCAGGGCAACUUUAUGAAUAUGAAUAUUUCUCUGGAAGAUUUACCAACCUAACAAUGUCCUGUCCACAAUAAGAUUUGUACUGUAAAUAUAUCUAAAGUGUACUGAGAUGAUACGAACUGUUAAAACAAUAAAGUCUUGCAAAAAUG